AUGGGUAGCUGUUAUAAAAUCAUUUCUUCUCCGAGUUUACCUGUAAUAAUAUGUAUAUUCCUGUCAGCAUCUGGACAUGUAGGUAUAAUAAAGGCAAUAGGAUUCUUUAUAAGCGACAUUAAUAUUGAUCUGAAAACCACACCGACUGAUAUGGGAGUUGCACUUGGACUUCUGAACACCGUUUUCUUCAUACCAAGUCCAAUAAUUGCCGCCCUCUGUCGAUAUCAUUUUCUUCGUCGUCCGUUGGUUAUUUCUGGGGCGUGUCUUCAAACAUUAGGAGUGGCGCUCUUGUCAUUGGCAACUAGCAAAGCUCAAAUGAUCAUCUUUCUCUCAAUGACAGGUUUUGGAAUCGCUACCUUGAUUACAAGUUGUAUUUUGACAUUACAUCAUGUGGCUCAGGAAAACUACAAUCUAUGCUAUGGCCUUGGUUUGAGCGGGUAUGGCGCCGGUAUGGUCCUUUUGCCAAUCGUAGCUGAAUUCCUUCGUCACCCGUACGGUUGGAGAGGUGGAUUGCUCAUUAUAAGCGCCCUUGUAGCGCAUACCAUUCCAUGCGCUGUGGGAAUAAGAAUGAAAUUCGACAAAAUAAGUACACAGAGAAAUGGUUAUAAGCCAAUCGAAAGCUCGUCUACAGGACCUUCGGAAAUGGACAUAACGGAAGAAGACAAAGCAACGAAUUUCCAUGGCUCAGGCCUGUCAGAAGGUGAGGUGUAA